AUGUGGUGGAACCUUUGUGUAGUUGACGUUGUUUCCACACGGAGGAGCACAGUCCCAGACAUGGCUACCUGCACGCGGACUGUGUGGAAAGUGUUUACAGGAUGUCAGAGGCAGCUGAGAGCCCGAGGCCCCGCCCACACAGGCGUGUCACAGAUGAGCGUACCUGUCAGGACCUUCGCUGCCGUCAGGGCGAUGAAGAAGGAGAAGAAGAAGGAGGAGGCGGAGAAGGAAGUGAAGAAGGAGAAGAGGGUGAUCGACGAUAAAGACAGACACAAGCCGUACGGGAAGACGGCGUGGGCGCCAGUCGAUGACGUGUAUGUGAUGAGGUUUUACCCGAGGACGAUCCACGGUGCGGCGGACGCCAUCGACCUCCUGAAGAACUUCCAGGUUUUAGACUUCACGCCCAAAAAUCAGGCGGUUUUCAUCGACCUGAAGCUCGACAUGAAGCUGGAGAAGAAGAAAAGAGUCGACCAGUUCGUCAGCGUCGUUCACCUUCCUCAUCCCUUCAGGACGACGGAGAACAAAGUUUUAGUUUUUACUGAAGACGAGGAUCAGGUGAGAGAAGCUCAGCUUCACGGAGCGAUGUUAGCUGGAGGAGCAGAGCUCAUUCAGCCGAUCCUGGAUGACGAGAUUUCUGCAGAUUUUUACGUGGCUGUUCCAGAGAUUCUGCAGAAACUCGUGGCGCUGAAAAGCAAACUGAGGAAGAAGUUUCCAAAGAGCAAACGAGGGUCAGUGGGCGUCGACGUCCCUAAAAUGUUGGAUUUAUUUAAAACGGGUCACGAGUACCUGGUGGAGGACGAGUGCUACAUCAGGACUCAGAUCGCCACGCUCGACAUGAACAAACAUCAAAUCUAUGAAAACCUAAAAAACAUCGUGAGCGACGUCUGCUCGCACGACCGGCUGACAAGG